AUGUCUGGCUGCGAUGUCUCCAUUAAGGAUGCUGACGCUGAGGUACUCCGGCUUAUAAGCGCAAAGGUGGACUCAUUGCUGAUUUUAUGUGAAACGGAUAGCGAAUUGCGGAAUUACGCUUUGAAGUUUAAAUUGGAGCAAGCGGUUGAUAAAACUGCGUUUCAAGCCAAGCGUGAGGAGGGUGAGGAGAUGCUUCAUUUUCAGCGGGUCCUGCAAAGAAUGGCUGACCUCGCACUAAGCAUUGCACCCCAUAUAGUACGCCGUACAGGGAAACAUCUGAAGGCUAAGUACGCCUCUGGGAAUGAUAAGACUUGUAGUGAAGCAUCUAGCACUUGUGCGGAGUUUAUGGAUACGGAUAGUAUUCCACGAAACAGCAGUGUAGAGGAGUUUCGUGAUGGGUCUGAGGCGUGGCUGGAAACGGGGGCGCACUUGUCCCAUGUUGCCGUGGAGUUGCUCUGUCUUAUUUUGGUGAGUCACCCCCGGUUGGUAAAAGCCCUUCAAAUGUAUUUGAUGGAACGUGAUGUAUUGAGUUACAUUGAGGACGCCCUGAGCAUUCCACGUGAACACGAAAUUGCAUUUUUUCAAGAAGGAUACAGAACAGAACAUAUGCGUCUGAUGGCGAAUCUUACCCUUGACAAUGUUGAAGCCUGUUCGUUCAUUGUAAGCAAUUCGGCACUUCUCGCAGCAGUUCUCACGAGUACGCGGUUUGAUGAGGAAAACCCUGGCAUGGUGGAAUGGGCUGAGUUCUGCAUCCGUAAUCUCUGCUGCUGCACAAAAGAGGCACAUGAAAAGAUACGUCGACUAAUGCCUGUAGGUAUAUCGGACGAAAGCAAGGAGCUACUGUCUUCGGGCAGGGUGGACUGCCAUUUAAAUUCUGAAGGAAAACUCGUUCUCAGUAAUCCAUGCACAACAACGGAAUAG